CUCCGCCCUCUGUCGGAAGCGGGUGUUGUUGAAUGGCCGGAGGUUUGAGUCUGGGGGUCCGUUUUAAAGCGGGCAACCUUUAGCUCUAUGGCCGUCGCCUUGCCGGCAGUCGUAGAGGAGCUCCUGAACGAGAUGGCCGCUGCAAUGCGAGAAUGCGCGCGAAUUCCUGAUGACCAUCUUUUAUCGCUGAAGUUUGUCUUUGGCUCUUCUGCUGUCCAGGCCUUGGAUCUAGUUGAUCGACAGUCCAUUACUUUAAUUUCAUCGCCCAGUGGAAGGCGAGUUUACCAGGUAAUUGGAAGUUCUGGUAAAACAUACACUUGUUUGGCUUCUUGUCAUUACUGCUCGUGUCCUGCAUUUGCCUUCUCAGUGCUGCGGAAGAGUGACAGCCUCCUGUGCAAGCACCUCUUGGCAGUUUAUCUUAGUCAGGUUAUGAGGACCUGUCAGCAACUAAGUGUUUCUGACAAGCAGCUGACUGACAUACUGAUGGAGAAGAAAUAAACACAAAUGUUACCGAUGGUGCCCCAUUAUGUUUCAAGACAGAAGUCUCAUCAAGAAAUACAUGUAACAGGUCAUGGUUUACAAGGAAGAAAGACGAAAUGGAUCUUCCAGAUACUUGUUACUAUGAUCCACUUUUCCUUCUGGACUUCUGGAGGGACCUGGGGUGGCAGCUGUGGACUGUGGAGGCCAUGUGUUUGGUUGGAAACCAUGUGCAGGCUUCUCCUGAAAAACCUGGACCAGCCUUCUGGGUGAAAAAUGUCUGAGUAGAAUCACAUGUGGUGGAGUCAAAUAAAACCUAAUUCCUGUUGUAUACACAA